AUGAAAUUAAUAGUGUACCGUUACACUACUAAAGAACCGAAAAGCUAUAAUUCAUUAAUGUGUUCUAUUACUCAAAAUGUUGAUAAGAAAUGGUCGAAAUUUAAAAUAUCAAUUCAUCUAUUAUCAACAAUACGACCACUACUUACAAUGACAUUCUUUCUUGGUUUGACACCAAUACAAGAUGUGAAAAUUAAUGAUAAUCCAACAAUUCGUAGAAUAAGAUUAUGCCCAAUUGGAAUUUUAAAUGCCAUCGUUGUAAUAGCCAUCUAUGUACUAGUCUAUUCCAUCUCAAUGUAUAAUAAUGAAUCAUUUGUAAAAUAUUUUUUUCGAUCUAAAGUUUCAAUGAUUGGUGAUGCAUUACAAACAGUUACUGGAUUUAUUGGAAUCGCAUUAAUUUAUAUUUCAUCGAUAGCUCAGCAAAGUAAAUUAGUUAAAACCCUAUAUAUAAUAUCGGAUGCUGAAGAUCGUCUACAAGAAUUAGGAAUUAGAGUGUUACAUAAAAGAACACGUUCAUAUUUUUAUUCUAUAUUUUCAAUUGUACAUUUAAUAAGUACGGGUUAUGUCAUUGGAAGUUUUUUUCUAGCAAAAAAUUUUAUGAAUGGAAAAAAUCCAGCAGCAUACAUUAUGGUUGGAUUCUUUUUGCAAUACACUAUCGUUUCAUCAUCAAUUGUGUCAUUUCUAUGUAAAGCAAACAUAAUUAAAAGAAGAUUUGGUUUUUUAAAUGAUCUGUCAAAAGUUGAUAUAAGAUUAACUAGUUUACGAGUUCAAAUUCAUUACGAUAAUACAGUAAAAUUUAAUUAUAUUUCAUUAGCAAUACAAUUAAUCCUAAAUCUUAGUUUUCUUAUCGGAAGCUUAAUAAUAUUGCAUUGUAUUGAAAAAUAUCCUACAGUUGAUAUUUAUUACGCAUUUUUUGCUCCACAUAUUUUUAUUUCGACAAUUGUUAUUACUUUUUUAAGCGUAACAUUAACAAUAUGUAAACGGUUUGAAAUAUCAAAUAAGAUAUUGAAAAAUAUGUCACUUAAAAUCAAGAGAAAUGAAAUUGGAUCAACAAUAGUCGAAAAUAAAAAAAAAUUAAAUUGCUUAAAAUCGUUUUCGUUGCAUACUAUAACAACAAAAUUACCGAACGAAAUCAUUCAAGAAUCAAUGGAGGUUCAUUUUUUAUUAUGUGAGGCAGCGAAUACAGCAAACAAAUAUUUCACUUACCAAUUAUUAACAAUACUUUCAAUAUCAUUUCUUAUUAUUGUUUUUGAUGCGUAUUAUAUCCUUGAAACAUGUCUAGGAAGAACUGAACGGGAUCAAAAUUUUAAACCGGUUGAAUUUGUUACAUUUUUUAUAUGUCAAAUGGGUUUAUAUAUAAUAGCAAUAUUUGCAAUUGUUGAAGGCAGUGUAAAGGCAGUUGACAAAAGUGAGAAAACUAGUGGUAUUAUACAUACAUUAUUAAAUCAAGCAUCUGAUUCAGAUACGAGAGAAAAAUUACAAAAUUUUUCCUUACAACUUAUUCAUCAAAGAGUGAAAUUUACGGCAGCUGGUCUCUUUAAUAUUGAUAGAACUUUAUAUUUUACGAUAACAGGCGCCAUAACAACUUAUUUAAUCAUUUUGCUACAAUUUUCAUCACCUGCCGUAUGGGUCUCGUUUUUAAUGGGUAUUGAACCAUUUAUACCAGGAUAUAAAAAACAUUUAUUAAAUGUAUUUGGUUUAUUUAUAACACUCAUGGAAAUCAUCUCCUAUGGAAUUUAUGUUUUACUUUCUUUGAGAAGAGGUGAAUGGCUUGUUCAGUAUUUUGUGCAAACGAAAAUCACAAAAUUAAGCACAUUCUUACAUCCGAUUACUAGUGUUAUAAUUGUUUAUAUAACAUGCUUAAUUAUAAUUCUUAAAAGAAAAUCUACUGUACAUUUAAUCCAUCGCUUGAGAUUUGUAGACAAUAAUUUAACAUCUUUGGGAAUAAAAAUAGACCAUCGAAAAACACUUAAAUAUGUUUGGAUUAUUAUGAUUUUGAUAUUAUUAUUCAACACAAUAUACUUUUCGGGUUGCUAUGCUCUGCUGACAAAAUCUGAUAAUCAACCAUCAUUUGAAGUAAUUGUAUCAUAUUUAGUACCACAUAUACAAAUGGCUAUGUUAAUACAAAAAUUUGAAGUAAAAUUGCAUUUAAUUUUACAUCGCAUGGUUGCAUUGAAUAGGAUUUUGAAUAACAUGCUUGAAGAUUUGAAAUUUAAAAAUCAAAAUAAAUCGAUUAAUCAACCAACCAAUAUUCAUCCAAUUGAAAUUAAAAAGAAAAAUUCAAGCCGUUCAGUUUAUCGUCAAUGUACAGUUGAAAUUGAUAAAGUUGAAUUGAAAAUCAUGACAAUAAAAAAAGCUAUAAAAAUUUAUGAUCUUUUAUGUGAUGCCUGUGAAAUUGUUGAUGAUCACUUUACAUAUCAAAUGCUUAUCAUUAUUGGAAUUUCAUUCAUUUAUAUUGUAUUUGAUGGGUAUUAUAUCCUUGUUGCAGUCCUCUAUCAGACAAAUGGAUCCAAUGUUGGAAAUAAUGAUUUCUUAAUAUUCUUUUGUAUACAAAUGUUCCUGUACAUUAUUAUAAUAUUGGGAAUUGUAGAAUCAGUGAAUAAGACAAUUAAACAGAGCCGCUUAAGUUUGACACUAAUCCAUAAAAUGUUAAAUAUAAAUGAUGAUGUCGAAAUACAAGAUUGCUUAAGAAAUUUUAGUUCACAAAUUAUGAAUCGCCCAAUAACAUUUACUGCUGCCGGGUUAUUUAAUUUGGACAGAACAUUAUAUUUUACGAUAUCGGGAGCAACCACUACAUAUUUAAUAGUUUUAGUGCAAUUCAGUUCACACCAAAGUAUACCGCCAGCCAAUUUCCCAGAAAUUCCUCCUGAGAACAAUAAAACAGUUUUUUAAGAAUCUAUGAGUAAAAUAAGUAUAAGUACUUUGUAUGUAUGUCAUGUGCCUAAAGUUUAACUGUCGAAUAAAAUAAAAUUCUACA